UGCCAGGGCUGAGUGGGCGGGAGAAGGGCUGAGCGGGUGGGGAGAAGGCCCUUAAAUGCAUCCCUGGAGACGGGUGUACACUCCAGGAGCGCCAGCCACCGGAGACUGUCAGAGGCACCGUGAGCACCGGGAGCACCAUGAGCACCAUGAGCACCAUCAGCGCCGUCGUGCAGCGCGCCCGGGCCGCCUUCGACUCGGGCCGCACGCGCCCCCUGCAGUUCCGCAUCCAGCAGCUGGAGGCGCUGCGGCGCAUGAUCAAGGAGCGCGAGAAGGACAUCGCGGGCGCGCUGGCCGCCGACCUCCACAGGAACGAGUGGAACUCGUACCACGAGGAGCUGGUUUACUGCCUGGAGGAGAUCGAGUACAUAAUCAAGAAGCUCCCCGAGUGGGUUCUGGACGAGCCCGCGGAGAAGACGGCCCAAACCCAGCAGGAUGAGUGCUACAUCCACUCGGCGCUGGGCGUGGUCCUCAUCAUCGGCACCUGGAACUACCCCUUCGGCCUCACGGUGCAGCCCAUGGUGGGCGCCAUCGCCGCAGGGAAUGCAGUGGUCAUCAAGCCCUCGGAGCUGAGCGAAGAAACAUGGCGAAGCCCUGCUGGCCUCCCCUCAUCCCCUCAGUACCUGGAACAAGGUGAUCUGUACCCGGUGAUCAAUGGGGGCGUCCCCGAGACCACGGAGGUGCUCAAGGAGAGGUUCGACCACAUCCUGUACACGGGCAGCACUGGUGUCGGCAAGAUCGUGAUGACGGCCGCGGCCAAGCACCUGACCCCGGUCACCCUGGAGCUGGGGGGGAAGAGCCCUUGCUACGUGGACAAGGACUGUGACCUGGACGUCGCCUGCCGGCGCAUCGCCUGGGGCAAGUUCAUGAACAGCGGCCAGACCUGUGUGGCCCCCGACUACAUCCUCUGCGACCCCUCCAUCCAGAGCCAGGUCGUGGAGAAGCUCAAAAAGUCCGUGAAGGUGAGUGCAGCCCCAGGGGCGAGGCGGCCGGGUGGCCAGGUGGGUGUGGACUUCAGAAAACUGGAUUUUUUCCUGAUCAUAAAUGUAAUCCACACUCUGUAGAUAAUUUGGAAAAAGAUUAAAAAGCAUAAAGA